GACGCAAUGAGCUUAUAGCGAGGUACAUCAAGUUGCGGACGGGGAAGAACAGGACGCGCAAGCAGGUUUCCAGUCAUAUCCAGGUGCUGGCACGCAAGAAGUCACGAGAAUUUCAAACCAAGCUCAAGAAUGAGGUCGUCAAAGUUGGAUCAUCCUACGAGCAGGAUCAGGCAGCAAAAGACAAGGUUCUGCAGUCACUGGCAGGCAUGUCAUCGGCUCAGAUCGUGUCCGCCACUCUACUCAAUCACAAAGGCUUCCCAGCAAUGAUGGGUGGUGUGCCACCAUUCGGCAACACUAUGGGGCCCACCUAUCCUGCAGCCACGCCAACGUUCUGGCAGCCAGGGUUAUCACAGCCAGCGACAACUCAAGAUGUGAAGCCAUACAUCGCUCAAGCAUAUGGAAUCCCGGGUAAACCAGAGAUGGCGCCACCAAUUAGUUCCUCCACCUCAACGUUGUCAUGGGAAGGACGCUACAUUGGCACGUCCAAGCUGCGAUUAGCUGAAUUCUCAGCGUACAUGGACCAGCAACGAGAAACAGACUCAUACAACAAGCACCUGUUUGUACAUCUGGGUGGACCUGGCGCCAGCUACACGGAACCGCUAGAAGCUGUUGACAUUCGACAGAUCUACGACAAGUUCCCAGAAAAGAAGGGUGGACUCAAGGAACUGUAUGACAAAGGACCUCAGCAGGCUUUCUUCUUAGUCAAAUUUUGGCUCGCACAUCUGCCAGAUCCCCCAGCUACGCAAGCGAUUUUUUUCAAAUUUUUUUUUUGCUCUUAAUUUGUUUCGCGG